CAAGUUCCAUAUAAAAUGACUUGCGCCAGACAAUUGUAUGCAAUUGUGAAAUUCUCGCACCCCCAAGCGGCUGCAAUUGAGGGCGAACGUGAAAUCGAUCCACCUGUCACAGCGUUGAAGCCAUGUCUACCUUUGGAGCCGACGUUGAACAGGUUUGGCCAACUGUUGAGGGCGAUUCCCGACCGCUGACUAAGUUCGGCCGAAAGUUGCUUGAGAAAUGCACAGAUUUGCAAAAACACGCUGGCGGACCUGUUGAUAUUGAAGAGUUUAUAAACAGAUCCAGAGAAUUUCCCCUGACGUUUGGCGUAGAAAGUGUCCGGGUGAGCAGACAGCCGACGGCACGACAUGCGCGCAUUGCCAGCCAGAUCUCCUCCGUCUAUCCGGUGAUACAUGAGCGCACCUUGGGCCUCUAUCUGCAGUACCUGGAACACAAGUGUCAAUGGGGAAACUCUGUGGAGCGACCUGUCUACCAGCAACUCUCGCUGUGCGGACUCGUGCAGCGGCUGCUGGAGAAGCGUUGUGCCAGCUUCUUUGCUCGCCACGACAAGUUCUUGCUGCUGACUGGCGAGACCGGAGCUAGUGGCUUUGAGCCCAUCGGCAGCACAGAGGAGACAGCUCCCCUUGUCUUGGAGCACGUUCUCAGCUACGAUGACAUCAAGCUCUCCGCCCUGCUGUCGGUUAGCUCGCACACAGAGUUCAUCAACGAAGGCGAGAGGGCCAAUUGCGGCCGGGUUACCCACGAUCGUCGGACACUGGAGCCCGAAGGUGUCAUUGUGGGCCUCAUUGGGGCGCGGCUAUCACGCCGCAAUCUGAUGGAGUUCCAGGACAUUGUCAUCGCGCGCUCACAGAACACGCCAGAGAAUGGCUAUGGCAUGGGGCUGGACGAGCCGGCCACAACCCAAGCGGAGGACUAUCGCCGCCUCUGGCGAGACUUCUACGAGACGCGAGACAGUCUGUACACCGGUGUCAGCAUCGACCAUCAGCGCUUCGGCGUCUCGCGCAACAAGCAGGACAUCUUCGACAAUCUGGUGAUGAAGCGGCGCUAUGCCAUAAGCUUUGACAUGCUGCUGCUGGAGGCCCAGGCACGCGCCCAAGAGGCCGGCCAGCAGGCCUACAUUCAUGUCGUUGGCUUCGGUCUUGGCGUGUGGAAGGUGGCCCCGCAGCAGGAGCGCAUCUUCCUGGAGACCUUCGAGCAGCGAAUCCGCGCGCUGGGCAAGCGCCUCAGCCACAUCGGUGUGGUGCACUUCUCCUGGUUCAGCCUCACCGAUUGCGGCGGACUGCACAAUGGCGCCGUCAUCAAGAGCGACGGCCAUCCGGCGGAGGGCAUUCGUGUGCACAUCUCCAAACGAAAUCCCGCCCAGAAGCUCUCCAGUCCGGAGCACGAGAAUAUGCUGCUGGUUGUCUCCUAUGCCUGGGACGGCAAUGCCCUGCCGGGAAACGAGUUCUGGAUGAAAAUGCUCAAGUCCACGGGCGAUUCGUCAACGGCCUGUUCCACGCUCAUCACAGAGCUGCACAAUCCGCACAUCAACACGGAGUACUGCAAUGGCAAGAAUCUACACAUUGCCUCGCCCGAGUUGGGUGUCCUGCACAUAGCCGAGUAUGCCAGACAUGUGCUACAAAAGGACAGCCGCGCAGAUGACUGAGUCCCAGAGAAUCUUCCUGCGGCUGCUGCUCUACUUCUUGCUUAGUCUACGACUAUCUCCUCCCUAUCUAAUCUUAUCUAAUCGUUGUACAUGUUGGAAGUGUCCAUUCUGAUGCUUUGUUAUUCCACAAACGUGCUGUAGGUCAACUCCGUGACCUCCCUGUGACAUUCACGCGAG